AUCGUCAUCACCUCGUCCCGUCCCGCGUCAACACCACAUCUCCAUCUCCACUCUCAAUGCGUCUCCAGUAAAUCGCUCUCCCGCGCUCCAUGAGCCCGCUUUCAAUUCCGCAUCCAAAAUGCUAGGCUUCACCGCCACGCGCACGCAAAUAGCAUCCUACCUCUUCGGCGUCGCCCUCUUCAGCAUCUCCUUCCUCGUCUUCCUCAACAGCAGCAUCAGCUUCGUGAUCACGCAGCGCAUUGGACAGGACCACGAUGUCGGCGAUGCGGUCGGGACACUGGGCUUCGCGGACGAGCUGGUCGCGCUGGUUGCGUGUCCCGGGUGGGGAUUACUGAGUGAUCGCGUAGGCGUGAGGAGUGUGGCUGUCCUGGGAUAUACGAUUGUUGGGAUAAGUUUGUGGGUUUUCGUCCAGGCGAAGAAUGUGUAUCCGCAGUUGUUGCUGGCGCGUUUGUUGUUUAGUUUGGGGGCGACUGCUACGGCGACUAUGGUUACCGCGAUACUGCCUACGAUGACUGUUAUGAAAGUUGUCCAAGAUCCGAGAUCUCCUACCCGCCGCCCCAAUGGCACUCAGCAUGCUAUGGCCCCUUCCAUCUCAUCCGAACUGACGAUAACCCCCGCGCGGUUUCGUUCCCGAACACCACCUCCGGAUGCGCCGGUAAAGAAAGAUACGGCAGCCUCCACAUCACACCUCGCUGGGCUGGUUGGCAUGUUUACUGGGUCAGGCGCACUAGUUGCUCUGCUCAUAUUCCUGCCACUUCCUACCAGAUUCCAGAGAGCUGGCGAGAGCGCAGCAGCAGCUGUAGCGGAUUCGUUUUACGUCGUCGGAGCCAUUGCAAUACUGGUAGCGCUUGGGUGUUUCUUUGGAUUACGGAGGUUACCUGGUGAAGAUGAGAAGAGUUGGAAACGUCUCGUUAAUAAAACUUCACACAAGAUUCCCGAACCUGCACCGUCACGCGAGGUCAUUCUGUCCUACCCUCAGUUAUUCUUGGAGAGCGUUCGUCUGGGCUUCACAUCGCCCAACAUUGGGCUUGGAUAUGUUGGAGGCUUCGUCGCGCGAGCUUCAUCCGUCGCUAUCAGCCUCUUCAUUCCGCUCUUCACUAAUACCCACUUCCUUCGUACCGGCCAAUGCCACGUCACGGAUCCCUCCGAUCCGGCGGACGUCAAAAACGAGUGUGCACGGGCAUACAAACUCGCGGCUAUGUUGACCGGCAUCAGCCAGCUCAUCGCGCUCCUCUGCGCGCCAGUAUUCGGAUACCUGUCUGCUCGCUAUCGAAGAUUUAAUCUGCCUCUACUGCUCGCUGCGGUCGCAGGCAUCGCCGGCUAUUCUGCCUUCGGAUCCCUUGCGAGUCCGGACCCUAGGAGCGAGGAUGGUUCCGGCGGUGUCUUUGCUAUCGUCGCUUUGCUGGGUAUCAGCCAGAUAGGAGCGAUUGUUUGCUCGCUCGCUCUACUGGGGCGCGGCAUCAACAACGAAGAGAGAAGCGAGGAUGAAUGGACGCCAACGGAGACCGCCAAUGGUACCAGUCAUCCCUCGGCGGGCGCAACACCACCGCGCAGUCCUACACUUACGCCGGCCUCGGAAGAAGCGCCGCUGUUAGGUCAGAACCUCUCAAGGCCACCUUCAUCUUCAGGACCAAAGUCGCAUAACCACCUCAAGGGGUCGAUAGCAGGCACAUACAGUCUGCUAGGCGGCUUCGGCAUCCUCCUCCUGACGAAAGCGGGAGGUGCGUUGUUCGAUUCUAGCGGGCCAGGUGCGCCAUUCUAUAUGAUGGCGUCGUUUAAUGCGCUCUUGCUUGUAGUGGGGAUUGGUGUUGCGGUGCGGGAGGUAAUACGUGGGAGGAGGAAACAGGAACAUGCGCUGCGAUGAGAUGAAUGUAUGCGUAAAGAACUAUGCGAUGCCAUUUUCUUGCGCUUUUGAUUGCUUCCGAGGUCUAUACGCAUGCAUUGAAGUGCAAUCCGCCGUCCCCUGCUCCACGCAAACGCAGUGCUUACGGCUAGGAGACGUCAAAAGUACCCUUGAGACGUGUGCAUAGACAGAGCUAUCCAGUGUAGGUAAUUUCUUCGCGGCCGAAUGCGAG